AUGGAUCUGAUAUUCUCGAACUGGCUGUUGAUGUAUCUCUCUGACAAAGAGGUCGAAGAUUUGGCGAAAAAGUUGUUACAAUGGACUAAGUCUGGUGACAACAAGCGGAAGAACAACCCAACGCACUACCGUGAACCCAAAUUUUACACAAAGCUUUUCAAAGAAUGCCAUAUGAAUGAUGAUGAUGGCAAUUCGUAUGAAUUCUCUUUGGUUAGCUGUAAAUGUGUUAGAGCUUAUGUGAGAAACAAAAAGAACCAGAACCAAAUCUGCUGGCUUUGGCAGAAAGUCAGCUCGGAUAAUGACAGGGGCUUCCAACGCUUCUUGGACAAUGUCCAGUAUAAGUCUAGUGGUAUCUUACGCUAUGAGCGUGUCUUUGGACAAGGGUUUGUGAGCACAGGGGGACUCGAGACCACAAAGGAGUUUGUGUCUAAGCUGGAUCUGAAGCCAGGCCAGAAAGUUCUUGAUGUUGGAUGCGGAAUCGGAGGAGGGGACUUCUAUAUGGCUGAGAACUUUGACGUAGAUGUUAUAGGCAUUGAUCUAUCUGUAAACAUGAUCUCUUUUGCCCUCGAACACUCAAUAGGACUCAAAUGCUCUGUUGAGUUUGAAGUAGCUGAUUGCACCAAGAAGGAGUAUCCUGAUAACACCUUUGAUGUUAUUUACAGCAGAGACACCAUUCUGCAUAUCCAAGACAAGCCAGCAUUGUUCAGGACAUUCUACAAGUGGUUGAAGCCUGGAGGGAAAGUUCUCAUUACUGAUUACUGUAGAAGCCCCAAAACACCAUCUCCAGCUUUUGAAAACUACAUCAAGCAACGUGGUUAUGAUCUUCAUGAUGUACAAGCAUACGGUCAGAUGCUGAAAGAUGCUGGAUUCGAGGAGGUAAUCGCAGAGGAUAGAACCGAUCAGUUCAUGAAAGUCCUGAAACGGGAACUGGACGCAGUGGAGAAGGAGAAGGAUGACUUUUUCAUCAGCGACUUCUCUAAGGAGGACUACGAGGAUAUCGUAGGUGGGUGGAACUCAAAGCUACUCAGGAGCUCAAGUGGUGAACAGAAGUGGGGCUUGUUCAUCGCCAAGAAAAACUGA